CGUCCGAAACAAACAGCACACCUAACUUUACCAAGGUGGACGUGUCCUAGCGCAUCAUAAUGGCGUUCCAUGUAGUAAUUGGUCUUAUGAUGUUGUGUCUCCCCAAGCACAUCAUCGCUCAGCCGUCUGUGGAUACCACUAGCACUUGUGCCACUAGCUCGGGAGGUGCGUUUGGUACCCACGGAACGCACACCAUAUCCACGGUCUUGGAACUAUCUACUCCAAACGGGACUUCAAACAUAGUCGCUAAACAGAAAGCAACGUGCAGCUUCUGUGGAGGAGAGAAUGCGCCGCCAACGGUGGAGGAAACAUCAUGCUCGUGUACUGAAAGUGCUCUGGUUCGGGAACUGAAUGACGUCAUAGCAACACUACGCGAGUCUGUCGAUCGACUUACUGACCGCCUUGAAGGUCAACAGGUCGCUACCGUCAGGACAGGUAUUGAAGAUUUCGACUACCCAGUCAUUGAACUUGAUGGGGCCCGUUGGAGACGAUUCUGGUGGUACACAGCAAACUCAGCCUGGCCGGAGCCUGCCACGGACGUCUUGCAAGAUGCAUACGGUGACUGCAAUGCUAAUUCGUCGUACUGCUUCAGUCGUCUGCCAAGCACACUCAAUGAAUAUUCAACGGAAAUGCUUGGAAGGGACUCUGCUGGAACUGUGUACAGGUGGAGUUUUAAUCCCAACAAUGACGUCGCUCAUGUAGUUUGGCAAGCAUUCCACUCUCGCGAAGAAGUGAAGAUCCUGAACGGGAAUGUCUGGGCCCCUAAGGUUGUCAGCGGAACGGCCCCAACAGCGGACCAGGACUCGUUCCAAUAUCGGGAAGAACACGGCGUGGAGUCCCUCCAAAUUGAUGACGACAACUGUGACUGUUUGACGUCACUCAGCCUGGGCCACGGUAUGUGUGGGACAGGCUUCAGCACCGUCUACGGACCGGAAAACGUAUAUGGAGUGGAUCUUCUCUACGAUUUUCAUUGCCAGACAACUUCCCCUGCUAACGGUCUGUCCUUGUACUUUAAGGAUGAUGACGAAUGCUCCGAUGCACGAUGCCCCGAUGGCUUCCGAUGCUCAGCUCAGAUGGUAUCUACGCGUAUAACUGCAUUAGUGCUUGAGAUAUGAUAAGGGUCUAAUUUCAUAGAGCUGCUUAAGCAGAAAAUAUUGCUGACCAAUUUUGUCUGCUAAGCAGUAAUACCAGGCACA